AAUCAUAAAAAUUCUACAGGGAUUAAAUGCACACAUGCCAGUGUUACUUGGCUCCCAAUCAUUUCGUGUAUAACAGCUAGAGCUGCGAUCGUGAAUCGUUGCUGUUUAAUUCACGAAAUUUAUCUUUCACUCGUGUUAUUUUUUUUUUUUUACAAUAAUCAUUAUUUUUGUAUUUUUAAAUUACAUUAAAGUGAAUUUAUUUAUGUAAACGAGUUAAUUUAAUUUUUAAUUUUAUUCGCUUAUUUUUUUUUAAGUUUAUCUCAGUUUUUUGAGUAGAAAAAUAAAAAUGGCAAGACCAAAAAAAUGGAAGAGUUGUUUGGGAGAAAAUGGAUUGACAUUAUUUACUGUAUUUGGUGUUAUUGCUGGUACUGUACUUGGUUUUUCAUUGAAAGCUGUGAAAACUGAUUGGACACCACGUGAAAUAAUGUACAUUGAAUUUCCUGGUGAUUUAUUUUUGAGAAUGUUAAAAGCUCUUAUUUUACCUCUCAUUGUUUCAAGUAUUGCCAGUGCAAUUGGUAAAUUGGAUCUAAGUUUGUCUAGCAAAAUUGGAAUGCGUUCAAUAUAUUAUUAUGCUACAACGACGAUAUGUGCAGUAAUACUUGGCAUAAUUCUCGUAUCAAUAAUUCGUCCUGGUGUUGGAGCGAUAAUAGAUACGAAUGAUGAUGAUUCACUAACUCCUCAAGCUGGUAACACUGUUGAUACCCUCUUGGAUCUCAUUCGAAAUAUAUUUCCGCCGAAUCUUCUUCAAGCUUGUCUCCAACAAUAUCGCACUAUCAUCACGUUUAAGAAUGAAACCAUUAGAAAUGCAACUGGUGAUGGUUUAAAUCUUAUAAAAACUGUUGAACAUGUUGGUCAUGAGUAUAGAGAUGGAAUGAACACACUGGGUCUUGUUAUAUUCAGUAUUAUUUUGGGUAUAACAUUGAGUAAAAUGGGUGAAGUAGGUAAACCUUUGCUUGAUUUUUUUACUUCAUUAUCUGAAGCAAUGAUGAUCAUCACCAACUGGAUUAUUUGGUUGUCACCAAUUGGUGUUACAUUUUUGGUAGCAUCAAAAAUAUUAGAUAUUCCUGAUAUUGGUGCUGUUGCUGGUGCUUUAGGAUGGUAUUUUUGUACUGUACUUUUGGGAUUAUUUAUACACGGCUUUGGUACUUUAUCAUUGAUAUACUAUGUUUGUACACGAGAAAUGCCAUUCAAAUCAAUUGGAAAAAUGAGUCAAGUAAUGGUCACUGCUUUUGGAACAGCAUCAAGUUCUGCAACACUUCCAAUCACUCUUCAGUGUCUCGAAAAUAUGGGUGUAGAUACAAGGAUCAGUAACUUUGUUGUUCCUAUUGGUGCUACAAUAAAUAUGGAUGGAACAGCACUUUAUGAAGCAGUUGCAGCAAUAUUUAUUGCUCAAGUUCGAAAAGUUAGUUUAUCAUUUACACAAGUCAUUGCUGUCAGUGUAACAGCAACAGCAGCAAGUAUAGGUGCUGCUGGUAUUCCUCAAGCUGGUCUCGUGACAAUGGUCAUGGUACUUGAUACAUUAGGCUUGCCUGCUAAAGAUGUUACUCUCAUCAUUACUGUUGACUGGCUCUUAGAUAGAUUUAGAACAACAAUCAACGUAAUAUGUGAUGCACUUGCGGCAAUUAUUAUUGAAAAAAUGAGCAAAGAUGAACUUCAAAUUAUGAAUCAAAAACAACAACAAAGAUCUGAACUUGAAGUUGAACUUUCACAAUUAAAUAAAGAUGAGUCGUGAAUUU